UUUCCUCUCCUGACUAAGUUUCUCUGGCUUCCCUGAGGCUGCAGGUGUUAAUCUGGGGGGCCCUGGGCCCUGAACCGGCAGCAGAAACAUGAGGAUCCAGAGCCUCCUCCUCCUGGGGGCCCUCCUGGCUGUGGGGAGUCAGCUGCCUGCUGUCUUUGGCAGGAAGAAGGGAGAGAAAUGGGGAGGCUGCCCAGCAGAUGAUGGGCCGUGCCUCCUAUCAGUGCCUGACCAGUGCGUGGAAGACAGCCAGUGUCCCUUGACCAGGAAGUGCUGCUACAGAGCUUGCUUCCGCCAGUGCGUCCCCAGGGUCUCUGUGAAGCCGGGCAGCUGCCCACAGGACCAACUGCGCUGCCUCAGCCCCAUGAACCACCUGUGUCACAAGGACUCAGACUGCUCGGGCAAAAAGCGAUGCUGCCACAGCGCCUGUGGCCGGGACUGCCGAGAUCCUGCCAGAGACUAAUUCUGAUUUAGGAUCCGUGGCUCUGCACCUAAGCUGGGGACCAACGGAAAGAGUUCACGAUGGGAGGCCUGGGGCCCUGCCCGCCGGACAGCACUAUCUCUACUAGCGGUGGUUCCAGCCUUCUGAUAAACACUGACCUGCUGUCACUUCCCUGCAACGCAUCUGCCCCUGGAUUCUCCCCCGGGGGUCAAAGUCCAUAGCCUGACCUCGGAGGAAGGCCUCUGUAUCACGCCAGCACCCUGCACCACUGCCAUACGAGCUUCCCACCCUUCCUAACACGUUCACACCAAUCCGUACGUGCUGCUUCCUCCACCAAGAAAGCCCAAUUCAGGCAGACCCUGACCUCUCCCUCAGGCAACCCAACCACCCAGAAUGAAUAUUCUAGCAGAGUUUUCCAAACAUCAGUCAUUCACCUCUUUCAUGAUUUUCACCAUAACUACAAAAUAGCACCACGAUGGGCUCCACGCUGCCUGUGCCACCAUUUACUUAAUGUUUUCUUUAAAUGACUCACUUUUGUGUAUAAACAAAUUCAUUU